AUGGAUUUGGUGAACCAUCUAAAUGAUAGACUGCUGUUUGCGAUCCCAAAGAAAGGUCGUUUAUAUUCUAAAUGUGUUUCCAUUUUAAAUGGUGCUGACAUCAACUUUCAUCGCUCUCAAAGAUUAGAUAUAGCACUAUGCACAAGUUUACCAAUAGCAUUGAUUUUUUUGCCUGCUGCAGAUAUUCCAACUUUUGUGGGUGAAGGUAAAUGUGACCUUGGUAUAACCGGUGUUGACCAAGUUCGUGAAUCUGAUGUCGACGUGGAUUUGGCAAUUGAUUUGAAAUUUGGUAACUGUAAAUUACAGGUACAAGUCCCCGUAAAUGGCGAAUAUAAGAAACCAGAACAAUUAAUUGGAAAAACCAUUGUUACCAGUUUUGUCAGACUUGCUGAAAAGUACUUCGCAGAAUUGGAAGGAACUACUAUAGAAAAAAUGACAACAAAGAUAAAGUAUGUUGGUGGUUCCGUAGAGGCAUCUUGCGCCCUGGGAAUUGGUGACGCUAUUGUGGAUCUUGUAGAAAGUGGUGAGACAAUGAGGGCAGCUGGUUUGAUUGAUAUUGCCACUGUUCUAGACACAAGUGCCUACCUAAUAGAAUCGAAGAAUCCAAAGAGCGAUAAAGCUUUGAUUGCUACCAUCAAGUCAAGAAUCGAGGGUGUCAUGACCGCUCAAAAAUUUGUCUCAUGUAUUUAUAAUGCGCCUGAAGAUAAACUGCCAGAACUGUUGAAAGUGACGCCUGGGCGCAGAGCACCAACGAUUUCAAAGAUCGACGAUGAAGGAUGGUUCUCUGUUAGUUCUAUGAUAGAGAGAAAGACAAAGGGUGUUAUUUUAGAUGAACUAAAAAGACUUGGUGCAUCUGACAUUAUGGUCUUUGAAAUUUCGAAUUGUCGUGUAUAA